UUGUGCAAAGUGUGAACGACACCAAAGACGAAAGUGUCGCCUAAUGUGAUGACGAAAUACGUGUGCGCCACUAACGAAAAUCUCCAUCGAAGUUGCAGGUUUUGCUCUGGAAAUGGGAGACAUGAAGACUCCAGACUUUGAUGACUUGUUGGCAGCUUUCGACAUCCCCGACAUUGAGGCCAUCGAGUCCAGUCCAGAGGAGGAGAACAGUGACACAGAAGAAGGAACUCCAGGAGGGAAAGACAAGAUGACAUAUCCCACCGACCAGAGCGACGUUCCUGCAGUUAGUGUAAUUGUAAAGAACACUGUGCGGACAGAUAUACCAGGGACUGAGAAAGAAAAACGUGUUCACAAUGAUUUCAAAACAGAAAAUGAUUCAACAGAAGGGGAUUCUCAGGCUGCAGAUACUGAGCUAUGCAAUAUUGAAGAUUUAUCAAAGGUUUCCAAUGGCCUAAAGGGAACUGAUACAAAUAAGAUGUCUAAUAUAGAACCAGUACCUCAAAAGUUAACAGGGUCCAUAUCAACCACUUUUGAAAAUGAAAGCAAAAUGAAUGAUACUACUGUACCACUGCAACCUCCACGAGAGGCUAAGGACUGUUUAAAACCUCUUUUAAAUGACAAGUCAUCAGCCAUCGGAAACAUCAGUCCUGUUUUAUCUCCUCAGGUCAACAACCCAAACACAAGUAACCCAUCAUCCUACAACAUCAAAACACAAAAUAAUUUCAACCAAUCUGAUGAGGAAGACUCUGAUCCUGAUUUAGAAGGAGCUUUAGUGAUUCAAGAGAGUCCAGAGUCUCCAGAAUCAGCAUUACCCCAAAAACCUAAACUAAAACAUAAGCCAGAUGUUAAUUUGUAUUUGAGCGAUUCUUCUGAAAAAAAUUCCAGUCACACAUCGUCUGCUUCUCGUUUUAACAAUUCAGAGCUUAAGAAUGAAGCAAAAACGGUUACUUCGAGUUCCCAAGGUGCUCUGCUCCCUAGCCCGCCUCCGUUGGUAAAAGAUGAGAAAUAUCCAGAACAUGUGAUUGAUGAGCGCGAUUCCCCCGAAAGUCCACCCCCAAGUGAAACGGGGAUGCUGGUUCCCAAGAGGAGCCCUGAACGGCCACAAACUGACUCUGAAUGUAUAGUGCAAAAACCAAAGGAAUGUGAAGUGAGCAAAGAGGAUAAUGCGGAAAUUACAGAAGAGAUGAACACUGAAAUUGAGGAAAAAUUCACAAGGACAGUAACAGAUCCUCCUUCUCUGGGUCCGCUCAAAGUUAAAAUGAAAAGGUCUGCCAGAGCUGUUGCUGCUAAAAAAAGUGGAAGAACCAAAACUGAAGCUGUGAAAUCUGUGAAGGCUGAAUCUGUCACAAGGCCCAGAAGAAAAUCGUUAAAGCAAUCCAAGGAGGAAGAAGCAACAGCAGGGAAAGGAACUAAGCUAAAAUUGUCCUCUGUGCCGGAUAUCAGCUCAAAAACUACUGCUAAAGUCACAGCUGCGGGGAUUACUCUACGCAGCCUGGGACAGAAAACUCUAUCAGGGGGAAUGACUUUACCUCUGCCUUCACUGCUGCCUCCUCUCAGUGGCAGCAGCAGACCAGCCUCUAUUGUCAACAGUACAGGAGCCAUUAUAUCGAAAAGCCAGACCAACCUGGUGGAGGCUUUCAACAGGAUUUUAAAUAACAAAAAUCUGCUGCCCAGUUACAAACCGGACUUGGCCUCUUCCCGCCAGGCAGAGUGGGGUCUGUCCUUACCAGCUCAGGGCUACAGGUGUCAGGAGUGUGGAGAUUCUUUUGCCCUGGAGCAGAGUUUAACACGACAUUAUGACCGGCGCUCGCUGAGGAUCGAAGUGACCUGUAAUCACUGUGCCAAGCGCCUGGCCUUCUUUAACAAGUGCAGUUUGCUGUUACACGCCCGCGAGCACAAGGAGAGGGGCCUGAUCAUGCAGUGCUCACAUUUAGUGAUGAAGCCUGUCCCUGUGGAGCAGAUGAUCGGCCCUCACGAGCCAACAGCAGCAGCUGCACUGUCAUCUGUUUUAUCCCAUGUCAGUCCAAACGCCACAUCUGUCAGAAAAACAGAGGAGGUUCAGUACAGUAAUCAUAAAUGUCCUGAGUGUCAGACACAGUUCAGCAGUGCUGAGGAGGUGGCCAAGCAUUUUCAAGAACUCAAAUCUCAAACCACUACGUGCACAGAGUGCUCUCCUCCGAUGCUGCUGUCCAACAGCUGUUGUGCUGCGGCUCAUCAGCGCAUUCACCUGAACUCUGCUCCACACGUGUGUCCAGAGUGUGGAGGCACCUCCAAACCACACACCUUCAAAACUCACCUGGAGGAGACCUGCUUCCACUUUGCACGCCGUAUCGGAUACAGGUGCUCCAGUUGUCUGGUGGUGUUUGGAGGCAUAAACUCCGUGAAGUCACACAUCCAACAGGCGCACUGUGACAUUUUCCAGAAAUGCCCCAUUUGCCCUAUGGCAUUUAAAUCUGCCCCGAGCAUCCAGAACCACAUCACUGCUCAGCACCCCACACUCACAGGAGCUCAGGCCAUAUCCAUCUUUAAGUGCGUCAUGUGUGACACAGUUUUUACCAACAAAAACCUGCUCUAUGUCCACUUCGAUACACAUUUAGCCAAUCAGAAAGUGCAUGUCUUCAAAUGCCCUGAGUGUCCCAAGCAGUUCUCUAUCAGAUCUUCUUUAAUGGACCAUUUAAAGACUUACCACACUAAAGUCAAACAGGAGUUUCCUCUUCCACUGUUCCAGUCACAACCCUCAGUGAGGAUGGAGAGCUCUGAAGGGGAAGAAUGGAACAGCCCAGCCAAAGAAGUAUCACCUCAAAAGACACGGAAGCAAUUUCCCUGUACCAAAUGUGAGAGCUCAUUUUCCACAACAUCAAACCUGAGGCGACACAUCAGAGACAAACACAAAACUGCUGCUCGCGGUUUCAGAUGCCAGUUCUGCACUGACAUGAAGAAAACCUUCAGCAGCAGAGCCAUGUUGGAGAAGCACAUUAAGCUCAGACACAGCCUUGAGGCGGGGGACCAGGACUUUCUCAUGGAGGGCGGUGAUGAGGCAGACAGCUCCUCAGAACAUGAUGGUGGUGCUGUGUUUCGCCGCAGUCGUAGAUCGGCUGUAAAGUCCGAGCAGGAGGAUGAGUCUCUGACCGAGGUGAGUCCAGCAAAGAAAUGGCGUUCUUCCUCUGAAACUGAGAAAGGCUUCCGCUGCGCUCCCUGUGGCUACAUGUGCGAAGAGCAGGCAGAGUUUUUGGACCACAUCAGCCAACACCGUAAAGGAGCAGGGGGCAGCUCUCAACAAUGCCUGCAGUGUGGCGUAUGUUUUACCUCCAAUCACUCUUUGUCACGUCACCGCUUCAUUGUACAUAGAGUAAAAGAUCAAGAAAGCCACGAAGCAACCAACUCAUGUCCCACCCCCUCCCCAAAUGAAAACCAUGACGAUAAUAAAAGUGUAUUUUCAGCACCAGAAUCGCCCGCCUUACCUCAGGGGAAGGACAGUGAGGGGGCACUGGCUUGUAGAGUGUGUGGUAAGCACUUUGAGAAGGCGACUGAUCUUAAUACGCACUUCAGAACUCACGGGAUGGCGUUUAUAAAUGCGAGAAACACGGCGAAAACUACCUGAGAUAUAAAGCUAGCUGUUAGAAUCAUUUGGAGUGCCUUAAAUUUAAAGAAGACAUGUUAUACAAUGCAAAGCGGUUUAUCAGUAGCUUUCUCAGAGCUGUAUUUCGAUUCAGGCGUGUUUGAGUAAACCUACCAUCUAAAAGGGGGGUGUGGCAAAAGCUCUCAAAACUACAAACUGCACAGGACUUGAUGCAAAAACAACUAUUUAUGCAGAAAUAAAGACAUAAAAAUUGUGAAUCAUGAGUCAGAGGUGGGGACUAGUCAGAUUUGAGUCACUAUUUUUAGGACUUGAGACUUGACUUGAUAAAAUAGACUAAGACUCGGGACUCGACUUGGACUUGAAGGUCAGUGACUUGGGACUUGACUCAGACUUGAGCCCUGUGAUUUGAGAAGACUUGAUACUUGUCUUAAAAAAUAUGUUUUUAGAAAAUACUUCUCUCUUUUAAGUUGAUAAAUGCGAUCAUGAAUUUUACAGGAACAAACUGGAACAUGUCCCUUCCUCUUCUCUGUUUACUUCAGAUGUAACUGAAGUACUGUGAUGUGGUAUCCUGAAAUGUACUACAGUAAUAUACAGUACAAUACAGUAAAACAGAGGGAACUACAUAGAACACGAUCCUUCCAUUUCAGUGCAGACUACAUGAUAAAAUUACUGUUAUUAAGCACUGUUAAUAUCAAUUCUUUCUAUUCUGACCAUAAUAAUUCACACUAAGAAGUGUUCAAAAAAUUUGCAUUUCUGUAACACUUUUUAAGUACGAUUUAGCUUAAAAGUCACAUAAAUUGCAAAAAUCUAAAUUACUUAGAUUUAAAGACUUGAAAUGACUUGAAGCUCAAAGCAGACGACUUGGACUUGACUUGGACUUAUGAGCCAGUGACUCGAGACUUGACUUGGACUUGCCUGUAUUUGACUUGGGACUUGACCCGGACUUGAGGUCCAAGACUUGAGACUUACUUGAGACUUGCAAAACAAUGAGUUGGUCCCACCUCUGUCUUGAGUUUAAUCUACCUUUUUACAAACAAAUAGCAAAAAAAAAAACUUUCUGUGUUUGUCCCAUAUAAAUUCUUAUAAUCUAAUAAAUAAAAUGAUUAGUCAAAUAAUACAAAUUUUGGUCUACUCCAUCACCCGAUUAAUUGACUAAAUGACUAAAGGACAACAGUGCUAGUUUGCACCUGCUACAUGUCCCUGCCCAUGGCCCAGUCCUUACUGUGGUUUAGACUCCGUUUAGGUUGUUUUGGAUCAAUAUUUUUUCAUUUAUAAAUAACACGAGUAAAACGAUGUUCUACCUGUGAGAUGGUCAAAUAGAGAAGAGCAUAAUAUGUCUUCUUUAAAGGUGUACUGUGUAACUUUUCUAGUGUAGGGUCUGCCACCUGCUCAGAAGAAGAACUUAUUGCUUUGUCUGGAUGUGAGACAAGCCGGUAACGAAAACAGCCCAAGUUACUAGUCAGAUCUGUGGAGAGGCAGCCCCGCCCACAGCUAUAAUGCAUAUUUUUCAUGGUGGAACAUUUUAGACAAGGCAAUAACAUCUCCAUAGAGACCAAGCAGGUGUUAGACCCCCCCCACAAAAAAGUUACACAGUGCAAGUGUGACUGUUUAAAGGUGCAAAAACAAAAAAAUAAAUUGAAUAGGGCUGAGAAACAUGCCUUGUCCUCACUUUUUACUCAGGAUUAAUCGCAACAUUUGGUUUAUUAACACUGCUAUUAGAAGUAAAAUUGUGAUAUUUAUUUUGCAGCCCUCCUAGAUAAUACAAGUGCAUAUUUUUAUACCUUCUAGUACUUUCAUGUUUUUAUGGUUUGGUCUAAAUAGCUUGGAUGUAGGUUUACUGAUGCUUUUGCAGACAGGGGGAACAGAUUACCCCAAGCACAACAAGCUAGUUUCAAAGACGCAUUUUAUACUGAAAUGAUUAAAACGAUUGACUAUAAUGUUAAACUGAAUUAUUUUUCUUUCUAUAAAAAUCUGUUUGCGUAUUUUGAUACCCUUGGAUCAUUUUGUAAUCACUGUAAUUAUGUGUGUGAAGGUGUUUGUGUGAGGCUAAAUAUUAAUAUAAUGUUGAAACUGUAUGUUAAAAUAUGAGUUGAAUAGUAUAUAACCAGCUUUUACACUUUGCUGUUAAUUCUUGCUAAAAUGUGAUUAAAAACACAACACAAA